UAUUUUUCAUUUCAUUUUUGGAGUUUGGUUGAGGGUGGUGGGUUCUGCAGAUGACCUGGUUUGCUUCGAAGAAAUCUGGUGUUUUUCUUAUUUUAUUUUAAUACUAAGAUUUGCGUCCAGAAACUUUAGAUUAUUGAGGUUUACAGUUCAUAUCCUGUCAUCACUCCGCGUUUUCGUGUCUUUCGAUUUCUCUUCUUCUUGUUUGUGUUGCUGCUGUGGCCGCUGAGGUUUUAUGAUCAGAUCUACAUUUGGGUUCGUACGGCAAUCCUUAACAGACAUUCCUGUCUUGUCGAAGAUCGUGAGCCCGUGGGUGCUCGUGUUUCUGGUAAAAUGGAGAAUGGGUCAUUUGUAAUGGUGAAAGAAAGAUUUAGUCCACGAAUGGGAAAACCAGUUGGGGUUCUCUUCAUGAUAAGAUCAUGAGUUGCUGCCCUCGGAUGAUGUCUUAAGAUCGAAAAGUUUAUUUUCUGGAUGCUGUGGGCUUGAGCCAGAGACUGGUCUAGUCGAAAUGUCGUCGGCGGAGGGGAGGCGUAAUGAUCAUAAUCUUGUUCCACUUGCUGCCUUGAUCGGCAGAGAGAUGAGGAGCGAGAAGAUGGAGAAGCCUAGUGUCAGAUAUGGUAAUUCUGCGCAGUCUAGGAAGGGGGAGGACUAUUUUCUUGUGAAGACUGAUUGUCAGAGAGUCCCUGGGAAUUCUUCCACUACUUUCUCUGUAUUCGCGAUCUUUGAUGGGCACAAUGGGAAUGCUGCGGCUAUCUUUACAAGGGAAAACUUGUUAAAUCAUGUACUGAGUGCAGUACCCCGAGGCCUAGGGCGGGAUGAGUGGCUUCAAGCUUUACCUCGGGCAUUAGUUGCUGGGUUUGUGAAGACUGACAAAGAAUUCCAGAGCAGAGGAGAAACUUCUGGAACUACUGCUACAUUUGUAAUAGUCGAUGGAUGGACUGUGACAGUUGCAUCUGUAGGAGACUCACGUUGCAUUUUGGAUGCUCAGGGUGGUGCCAUCUCUGUCUUGACUGUUGAUCAUAGGCUGGAGGAAAAUGUGGAGGAGAGAGAACGCGUUACUGCUAGCGGAGGUGAGGUUGGGAGGCUCAGCGUCAUUGGUGGUGCUGAGGUUGGCCCCCUCCGUUGUUGGCCUGGGGGUUUGUGCCUUUCAAGGUCCAUUGGGGAUAUGGAUGUUGGGGAGUUUAUAGUUCCAAUUCCAUAUGUUAAACAAGUGAAGUUAUCGAAUGCUGGGGGAAGGCUUAUAAUUGCUUCUGAUGGCAUCUGGGAUGCACUAUCUUCUGAGAUGGCUGGAAAAUCCUGCCGUGGUUUGCCGGCAGAGCUUGCUGCUAGGCAAGUGGUUAAGGAAGCAUUGAGGAAGAGAGGGCUGAAGGAUGAUACGACCUGCAUUGUUGUUGAUAUAAUUCCUCCAGAUAACUCAGUGCCCCCUUCACCAAUUCCAAAAAAACAAAAUAAGUUCAAAUCUCUUAUCUUCAGGAAGAGGUCCCGCAAUUCUGCAAAUAAACUAGCAAAGAAGCUGUCAGCUGUAGGCAUAGUGGAAGAACUAUUUGAAGAAGGCUCAGCAAUGCUUGCAGAAAGACUUGGAAAUGACUCCUCAGCUGGGCAGUCCACAUCUGGUCUUUUCACAUGUGCUGUUUGCCAAGUUGAUCUGGCCCCAAGUGAGGGGAUUUCUGUUCAUGCUGGUUCCAUCUUCUCCACCAGCUCAAAACCUUGGCAAGGUCCGUUUCUUUGUGCCGACUGUCGUAAUAAAAAGGAUGCCAUGGAAGGAAAGAGACCUAGUGGAGUUAAAGUAGUGUAGUGUUGUACUUUCCCCUCUUAUAACCCCCCCCCUCCCACCUUGUAUUUGUUCUUCUCACGGCCCAUUUUUCUUGGCCAGUCCAUUAUUUGGAACUCAGUAUGAUGAUAUGCAUCCCAUGUAUAUGAAAUGUUUACAGUUAUACCAUCUGAAGUGUGGUAUCUUAAUUUUUUCCUU